UUCAGCAGAGACCCCAAAGACGUGCCCAUGGCUGCCCGCUGUUGGUGCCCGCCCUUGGUGCUGAUCUCCCUGCUGCUGCUGGCCCCUCGUGCGGCCUCCAGCGUGUGCGGGACAGGCACGGCCAAUGAGUGCAAAGCUGCGACCCCGAUGCCGGGGGUGGAGAAGGUGGGCGAGGGCUUUGACGUGGUCCACAUGCGUGGGACGGGCACCUGGGUGGUGGACACCCGGUCCUGGCAGUUGCGGGGUGGGGGCUGCACACUGUGCCACAACGAUCAGCUGGGGGGCAAGCGUCAGCGGCUGCCCCAAGCCGUGGAACACUGGCAGUCGGCGACGGACUGUCGGCGUCACCUGUCCGGCCAGACCUACGAUUCAGCGGAGGAGGUAAGCAAGUCGGAGAGCAGCGGGCUGGACAGCAGCUGGAGCUCCCACCUGGACGUAGAGCACAAGGAUAUGUCUGCCGCGGUCUCUGCUGCCGGCUCGCUCUCCCAGCAGGCCGAAUUUGCCCGGCAGAAAGCCUCCAGCGACCGAUACAGUUUCAGCCGCCUGUCCUUCAGCUGCCGCCUGUACAAGGCACGACUGGGCCACCAGCCACCGCUGCACCCGCACCUGCAGAAGCGUCUGCACAACCUGCCCCGUACCGGUGGCACCAGCGAAGCCAACCUCCUCUACAGCGACUUUCUGCACACCUUUGGCACCCACUAUGUGGUGGCCGUGGAUCUGGGCGGCUCCUACACUGACCUCACCGCCCUCCGCACCUGCCAGAUCGCCCUCAACGGGCAAACCCUGGAGGAGGUGAAAGACUGCCUGGAGGCGGAGGUGCAGCUGAAGAUGGCGGGCAAGGUGGACUCUGGCGCCAAGUGGCAACAAUGCCGCCAAGACCGCAGCAAGAUGGAGGGCAAGCUGACCUUCCACCAGACCUAUAGCGAACGCCUCACGACGGUGACGGGCGGCAGCCUUGGCAGCAUGGACAACCUCUUCAACCCCUCUUCCUCCUCUGACUCCUUCUACUUCUACUCCAACUCCUCCCUCUCUACCUCCUCCCCCUCCUCUGAUUCCUUCUCCUCGUCCCCCUCCUCAGACGAGUCCAUCUCGCCUUCUCCCUCCAUCUCCUCCUCCUUCCUCUCCUUCUUCUUGCCGUCCUCCAUCUCCAACCCCCCCUCCAAAGACUCCUUACCUUCCUCCGAUGACUCUUCUGACUCAGACUCCCCCUCCAACUCCAAACAUUCCUCCUCUAACUCCCUCCCCUCCUCCUCCAACAACUCCCUACCUUUCUCCGACUCCUUCUUCGCCUCCUCUUCCCCCGGCGGCUCUUCGGCCUACACCUCCUGGCUGUCCUCGCUGCCCGCGCACCCUGGGGUGCUGCACCGCAAACUGGAGCCGCUCCACCUGCUCCUGCCCUCCAACGACCCGCGGCGGGGCCUGCUGAAGGCGGCCAUCAGCCGCCACAUCCUGAAGGCGGGAGAGAAGGCGAUGAUGAAUCAAUGCCGCGGGGUCGGGACCGAGCCGUGCCCGGCGGGCGGCAAACCUGACCCGAGUAGGCCCUGCAGCUGCCGUUGCCAGGGGCAACCGGGGGUGAGCGCCGACUGCUGCCCCCGCCGGCGGCGCUGGGGGGCGCUGCAGGUGGAGGUCCAGCGGGCUCGCGGGCUGUGGGGCGACCACUUUACGCGGACGGACGCCUAUGUGCGCCUGCGCGUGGGCCCGGCGGGAGCCACCGCGUCCACCGCCGUCGUGUGGAACAACAACAACCCCGUGUGGGGCGUCACUCUGCACCUGGGCCAGGUGAGUCUGGUCCACGGCCCCCACGGCGACACCGUGCUCACCGUCCAGGUGUGGGACCGCGACAGCGGCUGGGACGACGACCUGCUCGGCUCGUGCCAGGAGGUGGCGGCUGAUGGCCGCCUUCAGCAGACCCCGCCGCGGGUCGUUGGAGGGCAGGAGCAGGUGGAGCGGCUCCAGUUUGCGGUGCAGCACCCCAGGGUGCGCGGGCAGCGAGGACAGCCAGGAGGUGUAGGCCGAAGAGCCGCCGGGGGAAGAGGAGGCGAAGAAGGAGUCGGAGAAAGGAGAGGUGUCGGAAGACUGGCGGGUGGCAAAUUUGUGCCUCUUUUCAAGAAGUGCUGCUGGGAAAAUGCCUGGAACUAUAGGCCGAAAAAUCCCAGCUGAGAGGAAGGCAGCAAAUUACUGAAAAUAUUGAGGGUGAAAAUGACUUCAGGACAGUUUGUAGAGAAAAUAAAAGAAAUGGUAACAGAAUACUUAUACGGCUGACAUGAAGACUACACAUGAUUAGUAGCAAAGAUCCCGAGUUACUCCAGCCUUUUGUGUCUGUCUUCAGUAUAAACCAGCAUCUGAAGUUCCUCCCUGUACAAGCCGGCCUCCCUCAUCGCCACCCCCUGCAGGGUGUGGGCCGGGUCGGAUUGGAUAGGGGCGAGCGGUGGCUCAUCGCCAAGCGCCUCGGUUGCUGAGGAAGCAACAAUUCUCACGGAGGCCGAGCAUCAAACUCAACCCAACGUUGUUAACUUGGAAAAGGCACAGAGAAGAUUUGUGAGGAUGUCGCCAGGACUUAGACAUAGACAACAGGUGCAGGAGGAGAGGCCACUCGGCCCUUCGAGCCAGCACCAUUCGCCAUUCAAUAUGAUCAUGGCUGAUCAUCCAACUCAGUAUCCCGUACCUGCCUUCUCUCCAUACCCCCUGAUCCCCUUAGCCACAAGGGCCACAUCUAACUCCCUCUUAAAUAUAGCCAAUGAACUGUGUGGCCUCAACUACCUUCUGUGGCAGAGAAUUCCACAGAUUCACCACUCUCUGUGUGAAAAAUGUUUUUCUCAUCUCGGUUUUAAAGGAUUUCCCCCUUAUCCUUAAGCUGUGACCCCUUGUCCUGGACUUCCCCAACAUCGGGAACAAUCUUCC